UCUCUCCGACGAGAGCACCGGGCACUCUCGAUCCCGCAGCCUCCGGAGUAGGUACUGCACAUCCCCAGGCCAGGGAAGAUCGGGUGGUGUCCGGCCGUCCCCCUAUCCCGCAACGACCAGUUUGAAAAAUCCCAAGUUUUUGUUUUUUUUUUUUCCGGGCAGCCAAGUUGAGGACUAGGCAGAAGCUUCCCGGACAGGGUGGGACUUUUUUGGGGAGGGGGUGGGGGGAGAAUGCUUUUUCGCUCUUAGACACUCCCGGAGACAGCCUCAAACUUUGUCCGGCCCCGAGGCCAGCGGGGAGAGAGGCGAGCCCAGCACCAAGUCCACCCCACCCCGGUGAUGAGGAUGGGCAGUGCAGGUCGAGUGCCGGGCCACCGUUGGCAGGCCGUGUGGGCGCUGGUGGCCUGCUUCGCGGCCGGACUCUUGGCCAGCGGCCUGGCCAGCGAGUACGACUAUGUGAGCUUCCAGUCGGACAUCGGGUCCUAUCAGAGUGGGCGAUUCUACACCAAGCCCCCUCAAUGCGUGGACAUCCCGGCGGACUUGCGGCUGUGCCACAACGUGGGCUACAAGAAGAUGGUCCUGCCUAAUCUGCUGGAGCACGAGACCAUGGCCGAGGUGAAGCAGCAGGCCAGCAGCUGGGUCCCUCUCCUCAACAAGAACUGCCACAUUGGCACCCAGGUCUUCCUCUGCUCCCUCUUUGCCCCCGUGUGCCUGGACCGACCCAUCUACCCGUGCCGCUGGCUCUGCGAGGCCGUGCGGGACUCCUGCGAGCCCGUCAUGCAGUUCUUUGGCUUCUACUGGCCGGAGAUGCUCAAGUGUGACAAGUUCCCCGAGGGAGACGUCUGCAUCGCCAUGACCCCCCCCAACGCCACCGAGGCCUCCAAGCCUCAAGGCACUGCAGUCUGUCCUCCAUGUGACAACGAGAUGAAAUCCGAAGCCAUCAUAGAACACCUCUGUGCGAGUGAAUUUGCUCUGCGGAUGAAAAUAAAGGAAGUGAAAAAAGAAAAUGGAGACAAAAAGAUUGUGCCCAAAAAGAAGAAGCCACUGAAGUUGGGCCCCAUUAAGAAGAAGGAGCUGAAGAAGCUGGUCCUCUACUUAAAGAAUGGAGCGGACUGUCCCUGCCACCAGCUGGACAACCUCAGCAACCACUUUCUCAUCAUGGGCCGCAAGGUGAAGACCCAGUACUUGCUGACGGCGAUCCACAAGUGGGAUAAGAAAAACAAGGAGUUCAAAAACUUCAUGAAGAAAAUGAAAAAUCACGAGUGCCCCACGUUUCAGUCAGUCUUCAAAUGAUCCUCAGCCAGGGUGGAAUUUCGGGGUUGGGGUUGGGGGGGAGGGAAGAGGGUUUUAAGGGCGAGGGUGGGGAGGACUUGAGGCAGCCCUGGAACUUUGGUGGUUCACACAUAUUGCUCCUUCUGUUACUAGUGGAUGUUGUGCCCAAGUUGGUUUUGCUCCUUUUUGUGUGUUUAUAGCUUCUGUAAGCCUCCGUUUCAGCAUUCCUCUACCCUCCCCCACCUCCUCAGGCCUCUCAGAGCCACCCCUGUAAAGCCAAUAUUGAAAGCAGGAGGUGUAGUGUGGGAGGGACCAGGAUGUCACAAAUCCAUUUUUUUGUUGUUCUGAGAUGUCAGGAGCACCCUGUGUAAAGCCAGGUGCCAAUUUAUUUAUACCAGUUGUGUGUCUGUUUAAAUGGAGAAACUCUGUCAGCAGUAAGGAGGCUGCAAUGGAGGAACAGAAAGGAAAGGUGAAAUGAGAUUAUUUCACAAGUUAGACCACAAUAAGAAAAAACAGGCAAUACCAAGCAUUGCAACAUUCCUCUUUCCCUGAUAGAUUGCUGGAGGAGUUAACAGGAGCUAAGUUGGAGGACAAAACCAAUUCUAGUUAUUUGGCAAACCAAGUUGGUGAGAACAUAUCUGGGAAAUAGGAGGAUAAUCCUUUCCUGUAGAGAGGAGGUAUGCUAUAGGGGCACAUAGAAGAGGCAAUGGCCUAUAAUGAUAGCAUUUUUAAAUUAAAACCCAGGAAAACAAUUCUUAGUAGCCCCUUUCUCCCACUCCCAAUAUAUAAGCUGCACUUAUCCAGGGAAAGGAACAGUUUAUGUUGGGAGAGAAGUAAAGAAGGGCUGAAUUCUAUUUUUUUUUUAACGGUCUCUUUAACUCCUUGGGGAAACAGGGUUGUUUAUGCCUCUGCCUGGCUGUUUUACAAGACCUUCAUAGAGCUGGACAGAAGUGAUGGGAACCCAACAAAGAUUCUAAGGAUUCUUACCAUAUCAGUAAUGCUGUUACCAGGGACUAGGGAAGGCAUCAGUUUUGCAUCUAAGAAGGAUGGCUGCUAAGAGGAUUUCUGGAAGAGACUGAAGACCACUCUGGAGGUCUCUGUCUGAUCAUCUGUCUAUGGGUGUGGGGGAGCCUUUUCUGCAUGCCCUCUCAUUAUUUCUUUGGCUUCAAAAAAAAACACCUGCUUUAGGUCCCUUGUUUAUAACUCCAAAGAGACUCUAAAUUAAGCUUGUAUUGUACAGAUUUUAAAAGACAAACCUAAAUAACCCACCUGGCCCCCUGUCCAUUUUUCAUUGUUAUUUAUCUGCAUAGCAAGUCCUCAGCUAAAAUAUUCACAUAUAAAGCUAAAUUAGGAGGGAUGAAACACAUCAGGACAAGAGAGUGAAAUUUGCAAAGUGGACACAUCAGUUAUGGUGGGCAGGGAAUGUGUCUACCAACUCAGUUGUAUUGUACCCUCCCAAGCACUUAGUACAGUGUUCUGCACACAGUAAGCACUCAAUAAAUACCACUGAUGAUGAUCAAUUGUCAUUUCAAAACCAGUCUCAGUUCAAGACCAAAUCUUUAGGAAGCAGUUUUAGAAAGAUUACUUCUACUUCUUCCCUCCAUUCUAUUUCGUGCAGCCCUGCAUGGGGUGGUUAGUUACUGGAUUUUAAAAGCAAGCUAAAUCAGCGAGUGGUUAAGGAAAUCCAUAAUCCUGUAGCUACUGAGCCCUUUGGGAAGAUGCCUGUGCCUGGUUUCUGUUGCUGUGGUGGAGAGGGGAGUUUGUGUUGCAAUUAGUCUAGCCCAGGAGGGGUGAAAGAGUGUGUUACUUUGAAGAGCUCUGUUCUUAAGAUUUCAUCUGUUACCCUGGCUGCCCCAAUGAAAGAAUCAUAAUGUAAUUAACCGUAUAUAAAACUAGUGACAACGUCAUCUUAACACUCCUUGUUCCUUUGUUUUCCUCUGGCCUUUUUAACAAAGCAGAAGGCUAUUAGCAGACUUUAUGUAUAAUAUUUCAGUUAAUAUUUUUCGUGACAUUUGUACGUACAUAGAUUAGGUGUCUAGUCAUUUUUUUUUCCCUACUGUCAAACUGAUCUUCAGAACAAUCUCAUAAGAACAAGGUUCUAGGUUUCUAGAUUCAGUCAGUGAUACAUCAUGUUCUGCUCUUUUCCCAUCUCCUGUUUUGGAAUAAGAAAGUCCUUGAGGAGACGUGUAUGUGUGAUGUGGGAACUUUAUUUUUUUCCAAAGGGGUGAUAUUCUUUAAAUGGUUUUGAUGUAACAGUUGGCAGUUUCUGUAGUUCUGAGCGAAAGACUGAAUGGAUAUUAUGUCUAUGAGGAGAUUCAUAGGAAUGAAAUUUUAAGAAAGAUUUAAAUAAUAAGAAAUGGAAAUAUAUAAAGCUACAGUCUUAGGUUUGUGAAUUGUAGCAGCAAGUUUGGCGCUAAGGUGGUGGUCCAUGAAUUUUUGACUUCUACCGUGUAUGUUUUGAAAUCCUUUUUCAUUUUUUGAAAUUUCACCACCACCAUGCCCUUCCCCAGUACCAAUUGCUGAAAAACAUGGAGGUCAAGGAAAGGUAUUCCAAAUAAAGUACUUAGAUCUUUAAGCAUUCUGACAUUUUCAGGGUGGGAGCAGGGAAAAAACUGUUCUGAAAGAACAACAGGCUUCGUUGGUCAUUGUUGGUAUCACUUUAAGAUUCUGAAUUGAAGACUUCCAAAUAAUAUGCUGUUACCUCAAGCCAAGAGGAGCAAAAGUUGCAAGAGUAAGCUUUCAAGAUAAUGUACUAAGCACUCUGGAUAAGUAAAGACUUCUCCAGGACAAAUGGUAGGGCCGGUAGGGUCUUCCAAACCGUUAGAAAAAACGUACUCUGCACUGUACUGCUAAUUUAAAGAGAAAGUGUUCUUGUUCUUUUUGACUUCGCUUUGGACUGCAUGGUGCUGGUAGAUGUGCACUGAGAUCCCCUCCGAGGCAGAAGCCAUCUGGAGCUCUUGCACUUGACCACAGUGGCUCAGGCAUAGACAUGACAAAAGAAUUUUAACUUUUCACUUGACUCUGUAAAUUGUGAAUUUCCUGCUUUCAGAAACUGGGAACUGUUUCUUCUCAUCAGACACCUAAUAUCUGUCGGUGUGUUCAGUGCCCUGGGCCGUUUCAGUGGAUGCUCCUGAAAUUCAGCACACAACAUAUCUACUUUACUGAAUUUCAGUUUUAACAGUGCACCUCUGUGUCUUAAUGAAGACAGAUCCAUUCAACAAUGUUGUGUUUUCUUUUGUCCAGAGUCCCCAUAUAGCCUAUUUUAUAUUCCAAGUUUAUAUGAAAGCUUUGAAUACUGUGAAAAAUGUCUUACAUUCCAUUUCAUUUCAGUGUUUCUUGUUCUGCAUUAUUUUACCAGAUGUUUUGAUGUUAUCACUUUUGUUACACAUCUUAUUCUCAUGCUUUUCCUGCCAUGUAUCAAUAAUCAGUUAACUAAAAUUUGCUCAAUUAAUCAA